GAAGCUGUAACCUGAAGCCUGCCGAAGGCUGGGCUGGGGGAAGCAGCAAAAAGCAGAUGUGGCUGCACCAAAGCCGCACUGUCCUCGACUCGCACCCGCUGGGAGCCCUGACAGCAGCGGCCGAGAGGAGCCCCAGGUCCGGCAUGCAGAUUCCAGUGGUUCUUCUUUUCCUGGGUCUCUUAACUGUCCCAGGCAGAACCCAGAACUCAGCUACUGAGCAGAACUCUGCCACAGCUGAUGGAGCCAAUGCUGGUGAGGAAGAGGAAGAUCCAUUCUACAAGAGCCCUGUGAACAAGCUGGCAGCUGCAGUCUCCAACUUUGGCUACGACCUGUACCGCCAGCAGUCCAGCCGGACAGCCACGGCCAACGUGCUGCUGUCUCCCUUCAGCCUGGCUACUGCACUUUCUGGUCUCUCACUUGGGGCUGGAGAACGAACUGAGGAUGUGAUUUCUCGCGCCCUCUUCUACGACCUGCUCAACAAGGCUGAGGUCCACGACACCUACAAGGACCUCCUGAGCAGUGUGACUGGGCCAGAGAAGAGCAUGAAAAGUGCCUCCCGGAUCAUCUUGGAGAAAAGACUCAGGGCAAGGCCUGGAUUUCACAGCCAGCUCGAGAAGUCCUACAAGAUGCGACCGAGGGCACUGAGUGGCAACACCCAGCUGGACCUCCAAGAAAUCAACACCUGGGUCCGACAGCAGACAAAGGGAAGGAUCAUGAGGUUCAUGAAGGACAUGCCCACAGAUGUCAGCAUUCUCCUUGCUGGGGCUGCUUUCUUCAAGGGGACAUGGAAAACCAAGUUUGACAUCAAGAACACUGCCCUGAAGGACUUCCACCUGGACGAGGACAGGACUGUGAAGGUGUCCAUGAUGUCAGAUCCCAAAGCCAUCCUGAGAUAUGGUUUUGACUCAGAACUCAACUGCAAGAUUGCCCAGCUGCCCCUGACAGAGGGAAUCAGUGCCAUGUUCUUCCUGCCUACGAAGGUGACCCAGAACAUGACUCUGAUUGAGGAAAGCCUCACUUCUGAGUUUGUCCAUGAUGUGGACAAGGAGCUGAAGACAGUCCACGCUGUGCUGAGCCUGCCCAAACUAAAGCUGAACCACGAAGAGGCACUUGGCAGCACACUAAAGGAGACAAGGCUCCAAUCACUUUUCACAUCACCAGAUUUCUCCAAGAUUUCUGCCAAACCUCUGAGAUUAUCACAUGUGCAACACAAGGCAAUGCUGGAGCUUAGUGAGGAUGGGGAAAGAUCCACACCAAACCCUGGGGCCAAUGCUGCUCGUCUGACCUUCCCCAUAGAAUACCACGUGGACAGACCUUUCCUUCUUGUACUGAGGGAUGAUACCACUGGAACCCUCCUCUUCAUUGGCAAGAUCCUGGAUCCCAGGGGUGUUUAGAUCCCUUCACAAUAAUCUGUAAUGGUAGGGCCCAAAUGGAAAGGGUGAUUCUGGGAGGGAUACUGGCUCCCUGCUCUGCUGCACAAAGACACAACUUGCAAAUCUUACGCCUUCAUGCUGCAAUAAAAGAGCUUUUGCUAUUAA